CUUCAGUUUGCAGGUCUGGCGGAUGUGUCGAUCUCCGAAGACAUCCCGGUGGAAGGGGAGAUCACCGUUCCCGUGGGAGCGCGCUCUCCCGACGAGGACUUCUCCACGCUGGAUGAGCCCGUUAAGGACACUAUUGUGAGGGACCUGAAGGCUGUUGGGAAGAAAUUUGUCCAUGUCAUGUACCCCAGGAAGAGCAGUGCCCUCCUCAGAGACUGGGAUCUUUGGGGCCCUUUGGUGCUUUGUGUCUCACUUGCACUGAUGCUCCAGGGAGGGUCAGCAGACAGUAAAGACGACGGGGGGCCCCAGUUUGCUGAGGUCUUUGUCAUCAUCUGGUUUGGAGCUGUGGUGAUCACACUGAACUCGAAGCUCCUGGGGGGAACCAUAUCCUUCUUCCAGAGCCUGUGUGUGCUGGGUUACUGUGUCCUGCCCCUCACCGUGGCCAUGCUGGUGUGCAGGCUGGUGCUGCUGGCAGGCUCGGGGACCAUCAGCUUCAUCGUGCGCCUGCUGGUGGUGCUGGCCAUGUUUGGGUGGUCCACCCUGGCCUCUACAGCCUUCCUGGCAGACAGUCAGCCUCCGAGCCGCAGAGCCCUCGUGGUGUACCCCAUCUUCCUCUUCUACUUUGUCAUCAGCUGGAUGAUUCUCACCUUCACGCCGCAGUGA